GGGAAAGGGGGGCGCAUGGUGUAUGGACGAAAAGACCAAUCUAUAUCUUCCAUCCUAGGCCGGCCACCUCCAAGCAACAAGUUACACUCGCCUCUUUUUCACACAACACAUCCAAACAGACACUCCUGUCCUUCACCAUUCCAAGUCCCCAGCUCUCUCUCCUCCUCCCAUCCCCGAGCUCCUCCUCUCCUCCUCCCCCUCUCUCCCAGCAAGAAAUCUUCCAAGUUCCACACCUCAAUUCCGCCCUAACCCUUUUUCGAUCUCUCUAGCUAGCCACAAGUCCACGCCGGCGGCCGAUAGCACACCACUUUGCUCUCCGCAACUUGCGAGAGGGAUCAAUGGAGCUGUUCCCGUCGCACCCGGACCUUCAGCUCCAGCUCCAAAUCAAUCCGCCCCCUGCCACCAAGCCAAUGGACCUAGGGUUUUGGAAGAGGGCUCUUGACACCACCGCCGCCGCCGCCGCGACCUCAGCAUCAGCGGCAGCAACCUUCACACCCCCGUCCAUCGCCAGGACAUACCCCUCGGCGCCGGCAGCUGCCGGCGGCGGCUUCCAUGCAGCGCACUACGGCGCUGCCGAUGGCCACCUGGGCGGGCUGCAGUUCUUGCAGCACACCCAGCCCAUCCUCCACGAGGUGCAGGACCUGGCGGCGAUGAAGCCCAUCCGGGGCAUCCCCGUGUACAACACCUCGCAGUCCCUCCCCUUCCUCCAGAGCCAGCUCCACCACCACAACCACCACCACCAGCAUUGCUACGACGCGAUCGGCGGCGCGGCGGGCGGGCCGAGGUCGCCCGGCAAGGUCGGCGCGCUGCGGCUGGCGGCGCCGCCGGCCAAGCGGAACUCCCGUGCGCCCAGGAUGCGGUGGACCACCUCGCUGCACGCGCGGUUCGUCCACGCCGUCGAACUGCUCGGAGGCCACGAGAGAGCAACGCCCAAGUCGGUUCUUGAGCUAAUGGACGUGAAGGAUCUAACCUUGGCCCAUGUCAAGUCUCACUUGCAGAUGUACCGGACCAUCAAGACCACUGACCACAAACCAGCCGCUGCUUCAUCCUACGGACAAGCAAAGACAAUCAUCGACAUCCCUGACGACAGCUCCUUCGACAUCGCCAACACCAGCGGGUCUGAGUCUUCAGUCCAGCAAUCAAAUCUUGACGGGAACGAGCAUGGAUCCAACAUGUGCGCUCUAUGGAGCAACAACUCCUCCAGCAGAGGGGCCUGGUCGUUCCACGGGAAAUCAAGAUCAGAUGCCAACCCAGGCGACAUCAAAUCCUUUGAGGACGUGCAAUCGCAGUGCCCCAAUGUCGUCGCCGACGAUGCCGCCGACUUGAUGUCGGCUCCGUUCCGAUUGUCGGAGCUAGUCGUCGGCACCAAGAAACCGAAUCUGGACUUCACCCUAGGAAGAAUGUAAGGCCGCCGUCGAUUUGUCGACCGGACGGCAACGGAAGAUAUGCGUAGCUAGCUAGCUAUAUGUGACCACCGAUCUAGAGAUUAAUCAUCAGAUGCAUACUCGUGUGGCUCCCGCCCCAUAUGCACGUAACGUACGAAGCGGAGGAGGAGGAGAGAACCGGAGCUAGGAGAUGAGAAAGCAAAAGAGGCAUGCAGCUGGGGAAUUAAAGAAUAAGACGAGACCACCGUUGAUCUAGGAACAAAGUGCAAAAGGGGCCAGGGAGGGAGAGACAUGGGUGCGUGCAAGUGUGCGUGCGUGGUAGAGAGAUGGAUAGUGAGAUAGAUAGGCUUUAUCAAAGGCAGUCAGGAGCAUGCAACAAGCUGGUUAGCUUGCCUGCUUGCUUCUGGUGCACAACACACACACGAUGUAGCUUGAAGAGUGUGUGUAUGUGUGCGUGCACUUCAUGGCAUGCUGCCUGAUGAGACAGAGCUGCUAGGUUAAGAAAGGUCUCAUCUUUUUGUUAUGCCACAAGAAAGGUGUAAAGCUGAGAUGCUUAUGUUACAUAUAUGCGUGUGUAGUGUACGUAUGGACCAUGCAAGCAUGUAUUAUGAUGGA